AUUUCUUCGGCGCAUCUCGAUCGUCAAUCAUCCUUCUCUUCCCCGACCGCACCUUUGCAAUGAACUCCUCCGACAAAUUGGGUCAUUCUAUGGGGGUAUUCUGGUAAAGCUCUUGUCCGGUAUGCACCUCUAAGGAGGUUUUAGCUUUUGUCCCGUCAGUCAGAUUGCCAGAGUCCACUGCCACUAGGGCGGCUCGCAAUGUCUGUGGGCACUCCCCCUUUGGUUAAUUUGGCACAUUCCGAUCCAAACUCAGCGCCGCAAGACAUCUCUCCCGGUACAGAACAACAAGGUUUCGCAACAGCGACUCCACAAAAUGCCAGUCCACAUCCAGUGAGGGUCAAAAGGCGGAGGCACCAGCCCGCGUCGGAAGACCCAUCCAAGAACCAAGUUUUCUAUUUUGUCGAUUCAAACUCUUCUUCCCGAGAAAAGCGAGCUCAUGUUAUGCGCCAUCAUGUUCAGGAGAAACGGAAACAACUAAAACACACGCAUCCUCGAAGCGACUCUGACAAGAGAGUUCAUCGCCCUCUCCGCUACCUAUCUUGGCAGCAAAAGAAGUUGUUACUAAAUGGCGAUGACAACGAAGUCAUUGAAUAUAAGCGAUCGGAGGAUGAGAUUACCCCUAAAGACUUCUCCACAAUGCCCGUCGGACCCCAAAUACCUGCACCUGCUUCCUACUCAGUUUCGCCCGUCACCCUACUCGACGCCUCCGGAAAAGAUCCUUUCGAUAGCUUGCCGGUAACAUGCACGAGAGAGGAUUUCAUAUUGAUGGACUGUUGGACAAACAGAUUGACAUACUGGUCAGGCGAGCCUAGACUCAUCAAAGACCAAGUCUUCCGGGCGGUCCUGAAUCAUCCCCUGCCGUUUCAGUCGGUUGUCCUUGCAUAUUGCGCUCGUUGGAGGGCACAGGCAUACGGUUUCAAGUGGAGCCCUGAAGUAGAACAGCACUUAGGGAGAGCAACAAACGGCAUUGAACAGGUGAUGAAGGGCGGCAUGGAGAUCGACACUGACAGCCUAGCGAUGGCCUUGACGGGGAUGGCAAUACAAGAAGAAAGAUUUGGCAGCAAGCAGCAUGCCAGAGGAUACGUAGACCAGGCUGUCCAGAUCCUUCGUUCCAGGUCGGGAUCUAAUCGUGUUGCCGAAGCAUUCUUGCAUUAUGUGCAAUUUAUGUUGAUGCCACUUCAUCCAGCAGUUCCCGAAGACGGCCAGAAAUGGCUGGUCACAUUCCUUCGAGGAGCAGAAGAAUUAAUGCUAGAACACAGUACCGAUGCGUAUUUGUCAUCUGUUCCCCAGCGUCGCUCUGCGUUUCAAAUGGACAGUCCUUUGUUCCCAUUGCUAUCCAGCGGACCUCGUCCUUCCCAAGUUCCGCAUCAGUCACGCAUAUACAUUAUAACGAAGACUGCGCCGACCCAGGAGCUCACCCGUACUGCGGCCCUCAUAUACAUUACAGCCGCCCUCUGGGAUUUCCAGGGUUCUCCCAGCAAGACCGGCCGGUUUCUCGACCAUAUAAGUGCGACUGUGAAAGAUCGUGAACUCGACAGGUUUCCCGCAUGUGAGUCCUUCGUGUGGCUCCUCCUACUCGAAGGAUAUGAGGCCGACCUACAGGAACCCGAGAGAAGCUGGUCCACGAACGAGCUGUUGAAAUUGUAUAAACAGCUUCGGCCAGAACUCCAGUUCCUUUUCAGUGAGAUCCUCCUCAGUCUCCUGAUGCUUACUCCACCGAUCCGGGGGAUCGAUGUAUUUGAAAGAGAAUUGUACAGCUCUAUGCCAGAGGUCCAGGAAGAACCCUGAGCUACGCCCAAACCGGGUCACUGUUUUCUUCAUGUACAUGUACUCUUUUGACCACCUCUCAGGACGCGACAACACUUCGACGGUUUGCAGGCAGCCGUGCGCCCAUCUCAUCUAAGCCUUUGAUUCUUGGAUUAAACUUCUUGUAUAUACUACAACUGAUACAGGGACAGGUGCCCAGCCAACACUUUCCCUCGGUACGGCUUCCCAAUCCCGUGUACCUAAUAACUAUGGGACGUGUAUCACCUCACGCACACCGACCAGAGACAGUACGAACUAGACUUCGUCUCGCAAGAGAUAGGAAACAGCGGAGGGGUGUUUUUU